GCGCAGUGGCUGAGCUGAGGCUGUCUGCUCAGUAGAGCUCAGAACCUGAUGCAUUCCCUGAACAUCACCCCGGAGCUGAUCGCCAGACUUUUACAGGAGAAUAAUGUCACUAGGGAACAGUUCAUCGAGCUCUAUCAGCUGCAGCCUUUGGUCUACAUCCCGGAGCUCCCUGUCCCCUUUAAGGUCGCCUUUGUGGUCAUCUGUGUGGUCAUCUUCGUGCUGGCUCUGUUUGGUAACUCCUUGGUCCUCUAUGUGGUGACUAGGAGCAAAGCAAUGAGGACAGUCACCAACAUCUUUAUCUGCUCCCUGGCCGUCAGCGAUCUGCUCAUUGCCUUCUUCUGUAUUCCAUUCACUAUGCUGCAGAACAUCUCAUCCAACUGGCUGGGAGGUGCCUUUGCUUGUAAAAUGGUCCCAUUUGUUCAGUCUACUGCUAUUGUCACUGAAAUUCUCACAAUGACAUGUAUUGCCGUGGAAAGACAUCAGGGAAUCAUACAUCCUCUAAAGAUGAAAUGGCAAUACACAAAUAGAAGAGCAUUCACCAUGCUAGGUAUUGUGUGGUUGAUAGCAGCACUUGUUGGUGUACCUAUGUGGCAUGUCCAGCGUUUAGAGAUUAAAUAUGACUUUUUGUUUGAGAAACAGUACGUUUGCUGCUUGGAAAAAUGGAACCGACAUGUUCACCAGAAAAUCUACACAACCUUUAUACUAGUGAUUCUAUUUCUCCUCCCAUUAACAUUGAUGCUUCUGCUCUACAGUAAAAUUGGCUAUGAACUCUGGAUUAAAAAACGAGUUGGAGAUGCAUCAGUGCUUCAAACUAUACAUGGCAAUGAGAUGUCUAAAAUAGCCAGGAAGAAGAAGCGAGCAAUCAUUAUGAUGAUAACAGUGGUUGUGCUUUUUGCAGUCUGCUGGGCACCAUUUCAUGUUGUGCACAUGAUGAUAGAAUACAGCAAUUUUGAAAAUGAAUAUGAUGAUGUCACAAUCAAGAUAAUAUUUGCAGUUGUGCAAAUAAUUGGAUUUUUCAACUCAAUUUGCAAUCCGAUUGUAUAUGCUUUUAUGAAUGAAAACUUUAAGAAAAACUUCUUGUCUGCCAUAUGUUUUUGUUUCAUAAAAGACUCCUCUACACCCUCAAGGAGACCCGGUAACUCCGUCAUUACAUUAACUCAGCAAAAAUCAAGAGACAAUACAACAAGUGAAGAGACCAGGAGGGAAGCUUUUAGUGAAGGGAAUAUCGAGGUAAAAUUUUAUGACCAACCAGUUUUUAAAAAGACCACAAAAAGACAUCUUCACUUUUUUUCCUCCGAACUCACUGUUCAUUCGUGAUCAUGUAAAUGCCCA